AUGGAGGCUGAUAAUUUAAGUUCGUUAUUAGAACAAUUUGAAGCCUUACCUGCAAUGAGGGAGCCAUCAAUCAAGUUGAAUAACUUUGUGAAGAUAGAGACGCGUGAAAUUGCUACCAUUCCUGUUUUGGAGGCUAACGAUUUAAAGUCAUAUAUAGAAAAAGUUGGAUCCAUCGAAGAAGUCAAGACUCAGAAACGAUCGGAACCGGUCAUCAAUGUUAAGGACAGAAAAGAAAACAUACCUAUCCAGAACCACUGCUUGUUUAAAAAGCGGCACAAUGAUCUGAAGAAAACGCAGAGCUUAUCAAAACCGGAAGUGACAGUUGUAACGAACAAAAAAUGA